AUGAAGCUCCAACUCCUUCUUACCCUACUUCCUGCCGUGUUACCCUUAGUGCAUGGUGCCCCUGCUCGCAGGGACACCCCCAACCCUGGCCUGCGAGGAAGCGAAUCGCUAGUUGGAUAUUCGCCAGACAAUAAGGGCGGCAGCGACUCGCAAUCUGACAUCAAGUAUACUCUUCUUCCAGGGCAGAAGGAAGAUCCAAAAAUUGGUUCAUACCUCGAUUUUGAGAAAGACGACAAUCCCCAGCCGAUUCGUGGUCCCACGGGUUCUGAUGAUCCCGGCCCAAGAAACUAUUACUAUGACAGAAUUAAUAGUGAUAAGCUCGCACCCCCCGGAACUGAUCAUGGACAGACUAUCAAUGCGCAGUGGCCGAUGGGUAAUCUUUCAUUCCCGAUUAAGAACAUGGCAAAUACUUAUAUUUUCCCAAAAAGACUUGGAAUCGAUGGGGCGGGUUGGGCUCGCCAAGAGAACAAAAAUGUGAUGCCAGAUGCGACGCUCAUGGCCGGUGUCGACAUGCGCCUGGCACCCGCCGGUUACCGUGAACUCCACUGGCAUGUAGCUGCCGAAUGGUCCUUGGUGUUGAAUGGAUCGUGUCGAAUCCAGGCUGUAAACGAGAACGGGGAGACAUUUGUUGACGACCUCACUGCCGGUGAUGUGUGGUUCUUCCCACCUGGCGUCCCUCAUUCCAUUCAAGCCCUCGAUGAUGGAGUCGAGUUUCUUCUAGUGUUCGACAAUGGAGACUUUAGCGAAGAUAACACAUUCCUCGCAACAGAGGUCUUUCUCCACACCCCGAGAGAGGUUCUCUCAAAGAACUUUGGAGUUGAUAUAGCAGCCUUUGACAAGAUCCCCGACGAUGAACUAUACAUUUUCAAGGGCACACCCGCCCCAAAAGAUAUCCAGAAACAGAAUGUGACGACAAGUGCUGGCCUUGUACCUCGCACUGAGAGCUAUUCAUACCACCUCUCUGAGCAGCCAGCCCACGAAGUCGCCGGCGGCUCAGUCAAAAUUGUCGACCCACUUACAUUCCCCAUCGCCAGCAACUUCUCCGCCGCUGUUGUUACCGUUCAUCCAGGGGGCAUGCGUGAAAUCCACUGGCAUCCAACUAGUGACGAAUGGACUUUCUUUAUUUCAGGUCAGGGUCGAGCGACGCUUUUCACUGCCCCGAAUGCUGCGACUACAUUUGAUUUUACUGGCGGUGAUGUUGGUUACUUCCCAAAGUCCAAUAGCCAUUAUAUUGAGAAUACUGGCGACGAAGACUUAGUCUUUGUGGAGGUGCUCCAGGCGCCUGAGUUUUCAGAUAUGGCUCUUGGUCAAUGGAUCGCAUCCACACCAAAACAAAUCGUUGCGGAUACACUGAACCUCAGUGAGGACAUGCUUAACAACCUCAAGACUGAGAAGCAAUAUGUUGUCGCUGGUACUAGCAGUUAA